AUGAUCACCACCAACUCGCAGGGCCAGGUCGACCUCGACAUUGACGUCGAGGAGGUCAUCUCGCCCCCGUUCUACCCCAUCAUGGGCAUCACCUACCUGCUGGCCCACCCCAGCCUGUGGCUCAAGGUCAUCUGCGGCGCCCUUGUCCUGUUCGCCAUCUCCAUCGGCCUCUACAUCGUCGCAUUCGUUUCGAUCCUCGUUCCCCAGGCCCACGGGCUGGAGCGGGUCGUUCCUGGCUGGCUGGCCUGGAUCAUCUCGGUUAUUUUGUGUCUUAUCGAAGCCGCCCUGCUGGUCUUGAUUGUCGUCGCCCUCGCCUAUCCCUGCUACCUCGACACCCUCUUCCAGAAGGUCCUUGAGCUCGAGAAGCAGGACGAGUUCAUUGCCGAGACCAAGCACAACGGCGACAACUGCGCCCGUGGCUGCGGCCGAGACCUUGGCAUGGCCCUCUUUUCGCUGCUCAUCACAAUCCUGACCAGUCCCCUCAACGUCAUUCCCGUGCUGGGCACUGUCAUCUGGGUCUAUGUCAAUGCCUACUUCACCGGCUGGGGAUUCCUCGGCUUCUACUUUGGCCGCAAAGCCUUCACCUUCAGCCAGGCUCGAGCCUUCUGUCGCUCCCGCAGCGGCCAAGUCACCUCCUUUGGCGCUGUCUGCUUUGCCCUUCACCUGGUCCCUGGCUUCAACGCCCUGUUCACCUUCACCAACAUCAUCGGUGUUGCCCUGUGGGCCUGCGACCUCGAGACCAAGGCCCGACGAAACCGCCCUACCUCCCAGAGCGCCCUGCUCACCCAGCAGGUCUAA